UAACGCUCUUAUUGACACAUAUUGUUCAUCAUGACCACCGACAAGAAACGGGUGUUGAUGAUCGACAACUACGACUCGUUCACCUGGAACUUAUAUCAGUACUUGAACCAGAGCAAGUAUUGUGACAAGGUGGACGUUUACCGUAACGAUGAAAUCACCAUCGAGCAGAUUGAGAACGACAUAAAGCCUGAUUUAUUGUUCAUCAGUCCUGGCCCCGGUCACCCUUCCACCGAUGCUGGUAUCAGCAGAGCCGCAAUUGAUUACUUUAAGGGCAAGAUCCCCAUUGUGGGUGUUUGUAUGGGAUUACAGUGCAUGUUUGAGGUUUUCGGUGGGUCCGUCACCUACGCGGGAGAAAUUGUUCACGGUAAAACCACCACCAUCCACCACGACGGUAAGGGGAUGUUCACCGAUAUCCCCCAGUCGGUUGCCGUCACCCGGUACCACUCUUUGGCUGGUAGCCUUCUGUCGUUGCCGGACUGCUUGGAAGUCACCGCUAGAACCGAGACCAGCCCUCAGAUUAUCAUGGGCAUAAGACACAAGAAGUACGCCAUUGAAGGAGUGCAGUUCCACCCCGAGUCGAUUUUGACAGAAGAGGGCCAUGUGAUGAUAGACAACCUUUUGAAGAUCAACGGGGCGUACUGGGCGGAUAGUCAAAAGAUUCCCGUUAAAGAGAAUAUCUUAAACAAGAUAUACGAUCAAAGAAGAAAAGACUACGACGAAAUCGCUCAAUUGCCCGGUAAAUCAUUAGAAGAGUUGCAGGAAUACUUGGACUUGGGGUUGGCGCCAAAGCUCAUCAACUUCUACCAUCGGUUGAAUUCCACCAAGGAAAACAGCCGGAAUAUCAUUUUGAGCGAGUUCAAAAGAGCAUCUCCUUCCAAGGGAGUGAUAAACAUCAAGGCCAACCCCGUGAAGCAGGCAUUAACAUACGCAAGCAAUGGGUGCUCAGCUAUUUCCGUGUUGACGGAACCCAACUGGUUCAAAGGGUCAAUUGAAGAUAUGGCGUUGAUUCGCAAGAGCAUCGACCUGGUGGAAAAUAGGCCGGCAGUGUUGAGAAAAGAGUUUAUCUUCAACCAGUAUCAGAUCUUAGAGGCCCGGUUACAGGGAGCCGACUCAGUGUUGUUGAUUGUGAAGAUGUUGGAGCCGGUGUUGUUGGCGCAGUUAUAUGACUAUUCGUUGGAGUUGGGAAUGGUUCCGUUGGUAGAGAUUAACAACGACGAAGAGUUGAAAACGGCCUUAACGUUGGGCACAAAAGAGCCCAUGGUGAUUGGGGUCAAUAACCGGAACUUGGUGAGUUUUGAUGUUGACUUGAACACAACCACCAACUUACUUGACAGUAUCAGGCUGAAUGGCAGAGACAUUUUGGUGUUGGCCCUAAGCGGAAUUACCUCGGUGGAAGAUGUGGUGCAAUACAAGAAACAGGGAGUUGAUGGGUACUUGAUUGGUGAAAGUUUGAUGAGAGCAGAGGAGAGUGGUCACGCUGCCCAGUUCCUAGCCGACUUGUGCACCUGCUGAGGAAUUAAGAUGGUUAAUAGAAAUGUACGAUAAACUAUAGGAGGAAGAGGCGGUCGUGGCACUGGCCAUUAUCACCAUAUUCGCGAACGCGUCGCCCUGCUAAAAUAAAACCUAACUAACCAUGGACGCAUCAAGUAAGAGAAUCGAC